AUUAAUAAGUACACUAUAUUGGAUGCACAUCCGGAUUAUCAAUUGAUCGACUUUAUCAAUCGAAUGUUGAAUAAAUGAUCAUAGAGGCUGUAAUUAUGAAUUGUUGAAUAUUUUCAUUCAUUUUGUAUACAAUAUUGAUAUUGUUGUUGAUAAAUGAUGUUCAAGCACCCAUUUCUCUGAAAUAAUAAUUACGAUACGAUUUGGUGGAUGAAUUAUUUAUCCGACUGAGAACCCGGCUGGGAUCAUUUGACAUUCAUCAAUUGAAAAUUUAUGUAAUAUUUUUAUAAUUAUUUUCGUAUUCAAUGUAAGUUGAUUAAAAAAUUUAACUAAUAAACAUAAACUAUCAAGACAUAAAUUGUUUGUGUGUUUCAAAACAUUUUGUUGAAGUGAAAUUAAUUUCAGCACUAUUUCUACAGAUGAGUGAGGGUCAAAUGACUUUUUUUUUUGAAUGUCAUUAACAAUGUACAAUCAAAAUUCCUGUAGAAAUAGUUAAAACUGAAUUAAUGUUGACCUUGACAAAAAAAUUAUUUUAACUUUGUUGCCUUUUGAUGAAGGUUUCAUUCAUCUGUUAUUAUUUGUUAAUAUUUUUUUUUUUUUUUUUUUUUUUUGAAUAACAAUGGUCAAAUCGGAUUAUACCAGCUAAUGGCUUGAAUGAUAUAAUCAUAUGAAGAUAGCUGAAAAAUAACAACAACAACAAAUACAAAAGAACAGACGAAUGUAUGCAUUAAUACUGAUGAAUGUAUAAUAAAUAUUAUGAAGAAAAAAUAAUCAAUGACGUUCAAAAGAUUUCAAAUGAAGAUAAAAACAAACGCAAUUUCUCAAUUGCAAUUCUACGUUGUAAUCGAUUAUGACAACAAAUCGACCAGUGGUGGUUGAAGUUGAAUCUGAAAAUUCUAUCGAUAAUGUUUUGGGAUGAUUAUUUGUGGAAAUUAUAUAUGACCGUAUCAUUAUGGUCAUAUUCAAUGUACCAAAAUUUACCCGGAUCAUAUGAGAAUGAAGAUACUGACCGUGAUAUCUAUCAAUUGAUCGAAUCACGUGGAUUCAAAUAUGAAUCUCAUUUUGUACAAACAAAAGAUGGGUACAUUUUACAGCUUGUUCGUUUGAUAAAUCCGUUCAUAAAUGGUACAAAAAGAAGACGAUUAAAACCAAUAUUACUACAGCAUGGAUUUCAAUGUACUGGAUCAUUGUGGCUAAUUGCUGCAAAUGGAACAUUGGAUCGUUAUGGAAAUUAUAUCGAGUACAUUGUAGAUUCGGAAGAUCGUCCGAUUGUAAUCAAUGGUACGAAAGAAGAGGCCAAUUCACUAGGUUUUGUAUUGGCAUCAAAAAAUUUUGAUGUUUGGUUGGCUAAUUAUCGUGGCAGUGUUUAUUCAUCCAAUCAUACAAGACUAAAUAUGACUGAUGAAGAAUUCUGGAAAUUUUCAAUGGAUGAAAUGAUACAUUAUGAUUUACCGGCUGAAAUUGAUUACAUUUUGAAGCAUACUAAACGUUCGACAUUAUCUUAUAUAGGCCAUUCACAAGGAUCUCUGAUGAUGUUGGGAUUGAUGACGAUAAGUAAUCGAUAUGCAAAAAAAAUCUCUCCAUUCAUCGCUUUAUCUCCAGUAUUCUAUAAUCUAAAUAUGUCAUUGGCGAUAAAAUUUGUUACUCCAAUAAAAACCAUACUUAGAGCAUAUCCUGGAAUGGUGCCAUAUUCGAAUACGACUCGAUCAUUGCUUGCCCAUCUAUGUCAGAAUAUCUUCAUACGGAAGUGGUGUUUUCAAAUCACUUAUCCUUUUUUCGGAUCAUUUACCCACAAAAUGAUUUUAAAUCGUAUUCCUGUCUAUUUAUCAGCUGCACCAAUGGGCUCUUCAUCAUGGAAUGCAGCACAUUUCAUGCAAAUGAUUGAAGCUGAUAAUGGACAACCAGAAUAUUUCGAUCAUGGAAGAUGGAGAAAUCUGGAAUGGUAUGGUCAAACAAAACCACCAAUCUAUGAUGCUAGCCGUAUAAAUUCAACAAAAAUGGCUUUUAUAUAUACAAGUGGUGAUUGGUUGAAUAGUAUCGAAAGUGUUGAAUUAUUAAAAUCAAAACUUAAAGUAAAAUUAUUGGACGAUUAUUGUGUACCAGAUAAGAGCUAUAAUCAUGUUGAUUUAAUCUGGGCCAAAGAUGUCGGACAAUUGUUUGGAAUAAUUGAAUCAAGAGGUUUUAAGUAUGAAAAACAUUUUAUUACCACAACGGACGGAUACAUUCUGCAAUUGAUUCGAUUAAUUAAUCCAUAUUUGAAAAAUAAUCAAACAGUUUCUAAGCCAGUAUUGCUUCAUCAUGGAUAUUUUUGUUCGGCAACAAUUUGGUUAACAGCAGCAAAUGGUACACUUGAUGAACAUGGAUUUUUUAAUGAAUUUUACGAUUUCGAUAAUAAAAUCUUGACAAAUGGCAGCCAACAGGUCGGAAACAGUCUUGGUUUUGUUUUAUCAGCAAAUUUUUACGAUGUAUGGCUAGCUAAUUACCGUGGAAAUAUUUAUUCUUCUAAUCAUACUACACUGACAAUCGAUGAUCCAGAAUUUUGGAAAUUUUCAAUGGAUGAAAUGAUCAAAUAUGAUUUACCAGCAGAAAUUGAUUAUAUAUUAGCCCAAACCAAUCAUUCUACAUUAACGUAUAUUGGACAUUCACAGGGAAACGUAAUGAUGUUUGGAUUAAUUUCAUUAAGCGACGAAUAUAUGAAAAAAAUCGAUGCCUUUAUUGGUUUAUCACCAGUUACGCAUGGCCUCAAGAAUACAUCAAUUCUCCGUUUUUAUUAUUACAUACGAGGAUUACUCAAAGCCUAUCCAAAUUUGAUAAUAUUCAGAAAUCCAGCUCGACUUUUGAUAUCGAAUAUAUGUCAGAAUAUAAUGAUAAAACCAUUCUGUCAAUAUUUAUUAUACUUAACAGUUGGCAUGCAAAAACAUAAUAUGCUUUAUGAACGAAUACCUGCUUAUAUUGAUGCAAUAACUAUGGGUUCAUCACCAUGGAAUACUGUUCAGUUUUAUGGUGAACCACUUUGGUUACGUUAUUUUGAUUAUGGUGAAGAGAAAAAUUUACAGCUUUAUGGCCAAUCAGAUGCACCAUAUUAUGAUUUUAGUAAAAUCAAUUCCACUAGGAUUGCUUUGAUUUAUUCCGAAGUUGAUUGCUUGAAUCAUAUGGAUAAUGUUGAAAAAUUGAAAAAUGAAUUGAAAGUAAAAUUAUGGGAUGAUUAUUUAGUCCCGGAUCCUACAUACGAUCAUAAUGAUUUUUUAUGGGCUAAAAAUUCCGGACAAUUAGUCAAUACAAGAAUUUUAAAAUUGCUCCAAUCAAUACAGUGACGAUGAUUACUAUUCGUUUGGAUAAAUAAAUGAAAAAAAAUUUUUGGAUUUAUUAUGUGGACAAACUAUCAAAAAAAAAAAAAAUUAAAAUAUUAUUGUCCAUUUUGUUACUAUCAAGCAUAAUGUAAUUUUUGAGAUUUUUUUUGAUGAAUAAAUAACAAUUUUUUGAUGAUAUAAA